UGGCGGAGAAGGCGGCAGCCGUCCCAGCGGAGACGACGACGGGGAGGUCUCAAGGAGUCGGGACGAGCCGGAGCGCGUCACCCCGUACCGCUGCGGUGGUCGCUCGCGUUCAGUCGGCCCCGUCCGUGCCGCCCUGCACUGUUGCGGCCACCGCGGGACCAUGGCUGCGCUCGUGGUGCUCCUGUCCUUGUUGGCGGCGGGUGUUUUGGGGAACGAGUUCAGUAUAUUAAGAUCACCAGGGUCUGUUGUUUUCCGAGAUGGAAAUUGGCCUAUACCAGGAGACCGAAUCCCAGAUGUGGCUGCAUUGUCCAUGGGCUUCUCUGUUAAAGAAGACCUUUCUUGGCCAGGACUUGCAGUGGGUGACCUAUUCCAUCGUCCUCGGGCUACCAUUAUGGUGAUGGUGAAGGGAGUGGACAAACUCGCUCUACCCCCAGGCAGUGUCAUUUCAUACCCUUUGGAGAACGCAGUUCCUUUUAGUCUUGACAGUGUCGCAAAUUCCAUUCACUCCCUAUUUUCUGAAGAAACUCCUGUAGUUUUGCAGUUGGCUCCCAGUGAGGAGAGAGUGUAUAUGGUGGGGAAGGCAAACUCGGUUUUUGAAGAUCUCUCUGUAACAUUACGACAGCUCCGCAACCGCCUGUUUCAAGAAAACUCUGUUCUCAACUCACUUCCCCUCAAUUCUCUGAGUAGGAACAGUGAAGUUGAUCUGCUCUUUCUUUCUGAAUUGCAAGUGCUACAUGAUAUUUCAAGUUUGUUGUCUCGACAUAAGCAUCUGGCCAAGGAUCAUUCUCCUGAUUUAUAUUCGCUGGAGCUGGCAGGUUUGGAUGAAAUUGGGAAACAUUAUGGGGAAGAUUCUGAACAAUUCAGAGACGCUUCCAAAAUCCUUGUUGAUGCUCUGCAAAAGUUUGCAGAUGACAUGUUCAACCUUUAUGGCGGGAAUGCAGUGGUGGAGUUAGUGACUGUCCGGUCGUUUGACACAUCUCUUGUCAGGAAGACAAGGACUAUUCUUGAGGCAAAACAAGCGAAGAACCCAUCAAGCCCCUAUAACCUCGCAUAUAAGUAUAACCUUGAGUAUCCGGUGGUUUUCAACAUGGUACUUUGGAUAAUGAUCGCCUUGGCCUUGGCUGUGAUUAUCACCUCUUACAAUAUCUGGAACAUGGAUCCUGGAUAUGACAGCAUUAUAUAUAGGAUGACAAACCAGAAGAUUCGAAUGGAUUGAACUUUCCUUACGCCAAACUUAAAAAAGAGGUUUGGAAAUUGGCUGUUCUGUUAAAUCUUCUAGUGUAAAGUAGAUGGUAUACUUUAAAUUUAUAAAAAAGAAAUUUUGUUUUCCGUGUGCCUGUAACGUUCUUUUAGAGUGAAUUAUAGUAUUGAUGUGAAUUGAUUUGUGUGGUAUAGAUUCCAUGAUAUGCUCAAAUAUGAUAUAACCAUUUAAUUUCAUUCCAUUUAACAUUUGGAAAUGUGCACUGAAAUAAAUGUAAAACAUUUAGAAUAGCUUGUGUUAUUUAUGUUGGGGGAAAAUGCACUGAAUUUAUUAGACAAACUUAGGAGCGCUUAACUUCCUUACACAGGACAGGUGAAAAUGACAUUUGGGCUGUUCUAUACUAUGAACCAUUUGUAAAUGUCUUACCCUUGAUGUAAAUAUCUCAAACAAGAUAGAACGUUUUUAAACUUCAAGUAGCCCUAAACAGGAGAUUGAGAACUGCAUCUGAUUCACAGAGGGUAGCUGGCUUUUAACCUCUUCUGAACGUUUGAUGAUCUAAAUCGUAGGGUGCAUAUUAAAAAUACUAUGUUGAUCUAAAAAGAAACUGGAAAAAAACAACUGGAGUUAUAGAUACCUGUCAUUAGAUACCCAAAAGCCAGUAUUUGGGGGACAUCUAUAAAAUGGGGCUUGACUAUAAAAUCUUUAUUUUAAUAACUCUUCCCCCUGUGUAAGUUACUGUUAAUGGUUUGUGGUACGUCAUUCUCUAGAAUAUUAAGUGGAAGUAGAUGCUCCGGAAGUAGAUGCUCCCUACUUUUCAUGUGGAAGUGGACCAAUGUCUAUAAAGAGUGACAAAUAAAGUUAAUAAUGAUUCCA